UCAAUUUGAGAUCUGAUCGAGAUUAAAGAUUUAUAAAGUGUGGCCCUCGAACUAGGACAAAGCUCGAGGGAGCAAUGUAUCGAACAAAAAGGGACGUGGAUCGCCAUGUCCAGGACAUCAACAACAAGAUCAAGAGUGCUCAGGAGAGAAACUUGAAAGGAUACUUCAUCGCCAAGUUGUAUUAUCAGGUUGGUGAUUAUGAAUCUGCCCGGAAGUAUUUGGCUGGAUACCUGGCGGAGAGGGAUUCUCAAAGCAUGGCUCACAAGCUCAACGGUCAAAUAUUGACUGCUUUAAAGCAGACAGAGAAGGCAGUAUCUGCCUAUAAAACGUGCUAUCAGCUUGAUACAUCUCAGAAGGAUGUACUGCAGACCAUCUGCGAGCUACUGGUGGAGCUACCUAUAGAUCCAGGACGCACCCAGUACUGGAUCGAGCAGGCGGAGAAAAGUUUGCCCCAGUCAGAUAUUCUCUUCAGGUUAAAAGAAGCGUUGAUAGGUAAAACUGCUGGAGAGACUAGUGCAGAGUUUGAGCAAAUGAUUAUUCAGGAGUUAGUCGAGAAACCCCAGGAUGUGAAUCUUCGGAUGCGUCUGAUCAGAUAUUAUCAGCGUGUUGGAAGGAUAAAGGAAGGAUAUGAACAUGGAAUCAAGGUGGAGGAGAAGCGUCCUUGGCCAUCCAACCUGGCCUGGUAUAAAACCAUGCUGGAGAUUACGGAAAACUAUCAGGUUGCAUACAAGGGAAAUGUUGGAAAGGAUUUCUAUGGAGAAUAUUUAUCUAUUCUUGACUCCUCCGUAACUCUGGAGACUAAGGAGGGUUCUCAAUACACUAGGAUUGCUGAGUUAGUUUCAAGGAUGGAUAAAAUCUUGCUGGAGGCGUCUCAAUCUCAGGUUCCAACCCAGAAAGGAAUUCUAGAACACUUCCAGUCCCAGUUCUAUCUGCACUCUGCUCGGCUUAUAUUCAGGAAACUAACAAAGGAUAUUCACCCUGGAAGUAUCAAAGAGAAUCACCGAACCCUGGGAUGUGCUCUGCUCGCAGCGUUCAGUCAGAAACCCGCUAAGGAAGUCCAGUCUCCACGUUGGGCUCACCUUGUCCAAGAUGAAGUUGUCCGCCGUAGUAUUGCUGGACACUGUAUUCUGUCCUUAGCUGCCAGGUUCGGCGGAUUAGAAAACUACAGAGAGAGGUUGGCAAGUAGUUCCGGGAUUAACUCCAAGAUUUCCGGACUCAUCUUUGUAUCUCUGGAGAGACGGAUGCACACGGAUACAGAAAACAGUUUUCUACUCUCCUCACAGUUUCCUGUGGAUAUUCUGACUGCUGAGUUUCCUUCGACGGGCAGUUUAAAGGAGUUAGAUAUUGCCGCAGCACAGGCAUGUUUGAGUGAUCUUAACUCCUUGAUCUGGAUCCUUCUCCGAUACUAUACACCAGGCAAGGUUCUGGAUAUUGGUUUUCCUUUACCAACCAUUGAUGGACUUCCUGAAGUUCCAUCUCCUCCGUAUUAUGGAAUAUCUCUCCUUGAUGCUCAUUGCUUCCUUUACGCUGCAGCUUACACUGCAGGUUACCAAGAGGAGAAGAAUGAGGAACUCCUGGUUCCUCCCUACCUUGGAGCAAACCUAACCUCAGUGGACCAGGAUGGAUGGUGGAAACAUGUUCUGAGCUCUGGGAGAGGAAAUCUGGCCCCUCAGGAUAAGAGAAGUCUCCAGUAUGGUCUGGAUGCCAUAAGGUGUAAGGGUCUCCACGGACUAGAUGUUCAGCUAACCCUGAAGUUGGGUAAAACCUAUGAGUGCCACGCUCUUGAGGCCGCUGCUACUGCAGACCAAGACGCUCAUGCCAACAGCAUGGUGCCGAUUCUAGAAUCUCGGGCUGCAACUUAUUACAAGGCGGCAUUGGCAAGUAUUGAGAAAAUUGAAGCAGGAGUAGGAAUACGUGAACCCAUCCUCAGAUUGUUUUCCGCAGCUGGAGUUGAACCAGGAAAAUCAGAAUUGGGGAAAAUGCGCGAGUCCGCCAAAUUCUUCCUAGCGUGCGAGAACAUGCAUCUAGGUAUGCACGAGGAGGCUCUGGCUAGGUUCCGUGAGGUGAAAUCAGCGUUUGCGUCUUUCUAUUCUGCCGAGAUAUACAAGAAGCUUGCCAUAGAGGAGAAAUUGGCAAACCCAACCCGCUUUGGAGUUUCUCAGACUUACUUGAACUAUCUUACUGAUGCUAGGGAAGCUUUGUAUCUUACUCUAGACCGGCUUAAAGCAGAACCCUCAGGACACGCUCUAAACUGCUCUAUCGGAGAUGCUGUAGAAGAGGUCGAAAACAUGUUGAAUUCCUGUGAUGCUGUAGAAGAAUUACUGAAUGGAACAUCAGACCAAACAGACACAGCCAUGAAUAGAACGGAACAACUUUCUAGUACUCCUAGGAGCCGAAUCCGUGCUACAGAGCAGUUAGGAACCCCUGGAUUAAGAACUCCAAACCGAUCUUUGUUCUUGGAGGAGAGAGACGCCAAACCUAGUCCAGAACGCUUGGAUGCGCAGAUAAGACAGCUCACGCACUCACAGGACGGAAUCGUCCGACAGAUUUCUAACAGAGACCAUGAGCUUCUGGAGAAUAGCCGUGAGAUGCUGGCUUGCUUUAAAGAUUUCCGCACUAAAAUCCAGGAAGUUUGCAUUAUUAAAUCUGAGAUUCAAGAACUGCGUAAAGAGUUAAAAGCUCGCGAUGAGAAAACCCAUGAUCUUCUUCAGAAAAUUGUAGACAAGCCUGAUCAUAUUUGUAACACUGAACCCUCGACAAAUCUAUCAGAGGAAGAGAAACUGCUGCUAGAAAGCUUUGGAAUAGGAUCACAGACAACAGCUUCUGCUUCCGCAGCAGCAGCAGCUUUUCAUCCGUUAAUAAACCUCCAACAGCAGCAACUAAUGAUGGCCAUGGCCGCUGCACAGCAACCUUUAACUCCAAGACCUAUGGGAGUUCGUCCCGGCCUAUCAAUGCCAGGGAUGAGUCCAGGUCCUUUUAAUCAAGGAAUGCUGGGAUUAUAUGGAAGUCCUCUGAAUAUGUACGGUGUUCAACUUCCUACCAUACCUGCCCCAAACAGUUCCGAGAUAUCUGUUCUUCAAAACCAUCCCUCCAUAAAUAACAAGGGUCUUCCUUCUCAUGUGACAACCCCUACCCAUCCCAGUGUUAUCACACCUGUCCAGAAUAGGCCUUUAGAAACAGGUCCACCGUCUAAUGUAGUGAUCAGUAAAUCUGAUUUGAUCCCAACAGUAGCUCCUCCAGCAGUUAGCUUCAGUGUUACAGUUCCUGCGCAGCAUAGGUUUGGUGUUGUUCCACAACCACCUACUACUCCACAGCAGAAUAGGCUUCAACCAAGCACUCCUCAGUCUGCAUAUAAAACACCUGGAACUGGGCCUUCUACCCCUCAUGGCUUUCAGAUAUCUCUCCCAACAUCCUCUCCUGUAGUUCCUGUGUCACCUUUUAAAGAUGAAGAUGCCCCUGCUGUUCCUCUUACGACCCAGUCACUUCUGUCAUCUGUGCCCUCUCCAGCAUAUUCAGCUGUCACGCCCUCUCCAGACAAAGGAAUUGUCACCAGCUCCUCGAAGUCCAGGAUGUCAAGUGGCGGAACUCCAAAAGCUCGCGAACCGUCAAUUGGUGAAGAGCCUGAGGAAUAUGAACCGGAAGUUGAUUUCAAGCCUGUUGUCCCACUUCCAGAGGAAAUUGAGGUCAUCACUGGUGAAGAAGAUGAGGAUAUCUUGUUUGAAGAUCGUGCAAAGCUUUUCAGAUUCUCAGAUGAUUCUAAAGAAUGGAAGGAGAGAGGUCUGGGCCAGGCUAAAAUCCUGAGGAAUAAAGAAACAGGACAAGUCCGGUUUCUUAUGCGAAGAGAUCAAACCUUUAAGAUUUGUGCCAAUCACACUAUUCUUUCCGAAAUUAAACUUGAUUUGAUGAAAGGAAACACAAAGGCAAGGAUUUGGGGUGCUCAGGAUUUCUCUGAUGGAGAAUUAACCACAGAAAAGUUUUGUAUAAAAAUGAAGACUGAAGAACAGAUUGAGAAGUUUCAUGCUGCAUUUGUUGAAGCCGCUAAGACUGCUGUAUCAAGGAGCCCUAAGAAGCCGGAAAAGGCUGUUGAAAAAGCUUCAACGGGGAAAAGUUUAGCCGAUUUUGCUGCUGCCCAGAAGUCUGGCAGCUGGGAGUGUGAAGGAUGUCUUACUAGAAAUGAUAACGCUAAGAUUCAAUGUCUAGCCUGUGAAGGAGCAAAGCCAGGUUGUGAGGAAGAGGUUAAGAAACUGAAAGAAGCAGCAAAACCUGCCGCAGCAGUCAUGACCAUUGGUGCGGGAGGAGGAUUCAAGUUCGGAGGAGGUUCUACAACUUCAGGACCCAGUUCAUCUGGCUUCUCUUUCGGUUCUACAGAAGGAACUGCUAAAACUUUUCAGACUGGUGGCAUUUCAUUCGGAACUCCCAAGCUUGCUUCAUCGGACACUGUCAGUUUUGGAACACCAAAAACAACAGAAAUAGGCUUUGGAGCUCCAAAGACAAAUGGAGCAUCUCUUGGAGGUUUUAUUUUUUCAACUACUCCAACAGUAGCCAAGCCUGAAGAAAAAAAAGUUGAAGCGAUUUCUUCUGCUGAAGUUCCUAAACCCAGUCCGUUCUCUGGAUUUUCAUUUAAUACUGGUUCAAAGAUUGAACAAGUCAAACCUGAUGAGAAGAAGGAAACAGAGAAACCAGUUCUUGGAGCAAAUACAUUCGUUAGUUUUGAAUCCCUGGGUAAACAAUCUACUGAAGGUAUUGCAUCUGAUCCAAACUUUAAAGGUUUCAAUACAGUCGGAUCUAAACUGUUUACUCCUCAGAAAGCUGAAGAAGAUGGAGAAGGUGGUGAUGCUGAGGAUUAUGAACCUGAUGUUCAGUUCCAACCUGUUAUUCCACUUCCAGAGUUGGUUGAAGUUAAAACUGGAGAAGAGGAUGAAGACAUUCUAUUCUCAGAGCGAAGCAAACUGUUCCGGUAUGUGCCUGAGAGUAAGGAAUGGAAAGAGAGGGGAAUUGGAGAAUUCAAGAUUUUGAAAAACCGCGCAUCUGGUAAAAUACGUUUCCUGAUGAGAAGAGAGCAGGUUCAUAAGAUUUGUUGUAACCAUAAUCUUACUGUAGACAUUGAGAUCAAACCUAUGGCAACUUCUGACAAGGCUUGGACAUGGACAGCCCCAGACUUUUCCGAAGGAGAGAUUAAGAACGAAGUGUUUAGUCUUAGAUUCAAGAAUGCAGAUAUUGCUGGAACCUUCAAGACUGUAGUUGAUGAUUGCCAGAAAGAAUUGAAAAAUAAGCCUUCAGUUUCCAGCCGUACUGUUCCUCAAACCACCGAUUCUACCAAUCCAAGCAAAGGUGGAAGUUUGGCUGAUUUUGCUGCUGCCCAGAAGUCUGGUAGCUGGGAGUGUGAAGGAUGUCUUACUAGAAAUGAUAACGCUAAGAUUCAAUGUCUAGCCUGUGAAGGAGCAAAGCCAGGUUGUGAGGAAGAGGUUAAGAAACUGAAAGAAGCAGCAAAACCUGCCGCAGCAGUCAUGACCAUUGGUGCGGGAGGAGGAUUCAAGUUCGGAGGAGGUGUUACUCCAGCCAGCAGUGGAUCAGGAUUUGUGUUCGGUGGGGGAUCCUCUACUGCCACAUCAACACCAGGUUUCAGUUUCGGAACUCCAAAAUCCACCGCUGAAGUGUCGAAGGAGGAUUCUCCUAAACCUCCGUUUGGAACCAAGGACACCCAUGAGUUUAGUUUUGGUGGGAUUAGAACAAGUCCAAGAAAGCACAAUGAGAGUACAACCUCUGAGAAUGAUCUUUACCAAGAGGACGAGGGAGAGAAUAUAUACUUUGAACCUGUUAUUCCACUCCCAGAGAAAGUUGAUGUUAAAACUGGUGAAGAGGAAGAAACUGUUCUCUACUCACACAAAGCUAAGGUUUUCAGAUUUACUGACGGAGAAUGGAAGGAACGUGGAAUUGGGGAUAUUAAGAUUUUAAAGCACGAGAAAACUGGCAAAGUUCGUUUGUUGAUGCGACGGGAGCAAGUUCUAAAGAUUUGUCUAAAUCAUUAUGUGACUCCUCAGCUUGUUUCUAACUUCAAGGAGAAAGACACUAAGUCCUGGACCUGGGCGGCUCAAGACUUCUCUGAUGGAGAACUUACAAGUAUGACAUUUGCUCUCCGUUUCAAAACUCCAGAAAUUUCUUCGGACUUCAAAUCUGCUCUUGACACUGCUAUGUCUUCUUUCGGAGCCCUUACUCCCUCUGAAUCUAAACCAACCGAGUCAGUCAUCAAACCAUCGGUUUCUGAACCUGCUUCAAAGCCUUCUCCAAGUGUAAACGAGGAUGAAAACCUGUUCCCUCUGAAAGAUUUUAAACCCUUAAAACAUAUUGAACGUGAGAAUGAACUCAGUUUUGAUGGUCUUGGAUUGAAGUUAAACACAGAAGAGGAUGCUAAAGAUGUUUCUGAAAAGAUCCGUAUUGAGAAAAGUAUGAAUACACUUACUCUAUCUGGUAACACAGUUGGCAUUGAGGCGGCCAAAGCCAUAGGGAAAGCGCUGGAGUCUCAGCCUGAAUUUCGACGAGCUCACUGGAAGGAUAUGUUCACAGGAAGGAUGAAAACUGAAAUUCCUCCUGCACUUAUCAAUCUUACCAGGGGGAUUAUGACGGCACAUGCUCAGCUUGUAGAACUGGAUCUCAGUGACAACGCUUUCGGACCCAUAGGAAUGGAGGGUUUAACAACUUUUAUGACAUCUCCUUCCUGUUUCACCCUCCAGGAGCUAAGACUGAACAACACUGGAUGCGGAGUAACGGGAGGCAAGCUUCUGGCUAAAACUUUGUUAGAGUGCUACCAUCGAGGGAAGAGUGUAGGACACCCAUUGGCCUUGAAGGUGUUUGUCCUGGGUCGAAGCCGACAGGAGAACGAGGGAGCUAAAGCCCUGUCUGAGGUAUUUAAGCUGAUGGGAAGCCUGGAGGAGGUAGUUAUGCCUCAAAAUGGAAUUUAUCACGAGGGUCUGACUGCACUUGCAGACGCUCUCAGCUGUAACCCUAACCUACGAAUCCUCAACCUCAACGAUAAUACGUUCACAGACAAAGGUGCUAAGGCGUUUUCUAAAACUUUUAAAAAAUUGAACAACCUGGAAGUUCUAAAUCUUGGAGACUGUUUGCUGAAAUCUGCUGGAGCCAAACUAAUCUCCCGUGCGCUUAAAAACAGACAUCCAAACCUGACAGAACUAGUCUUAGACUCAAAUGAAAUUCGUAUAUCUGGAGGUCUCGAGAUCAUAGACGUAGUGGCAGGGAAAGAUAAGCUUGAGAAACUGAGCAUUGACGGAAAUUGGUUCGGUGAAUCAGGAGCAGAAUUAUUGAGUAAGAAAAUAAAAGCUCUCGGUAAGUCGCAUAUUCUUGGGUCCUUGGAGGAUAAUGAAGAGCCGGAUGAAGACGAACCUGAUCCAGAACUCGAGGAUGAAGAUGAAGUGGAGCCCAAAACCGUCUCUCCGCCCAAACCAGUUGGAUCUAUUUUCUCUGGCAGUUCAACCCCGAUUAUAUUUGGUGAAUCAUCAAGUGUGGCACAGAACUUGUUUGGAGGUUCUUCUAAACCUCUCGGCUCCAGCAUCUUUGGUAGCCUAGCGCCAGCAACAACCGCCGGAUCAUCUAUUUUUGGCGGAUCUACUCCAAGUAAUGUUGAAAAACCCUCACUUUUUGGCGGCGGUAUUAAACCCUCUACUGGACUUUUUGGAGCAAGCAGUCAGCCUUCUUCAGGUCUGUUUGGAAGCCCGGCUGCUGCUGGGAGCACCUUGUUUGGAAAACCUAUAACUAACUCUUCAUUUUCCUUCUCAUCUCCAUCCUCUGUAAAGUCUGAAACUAAGCCUGACUCAAUGUCGGAAGCUGGAAAACUUUUCAAUUCAGAUCCCAGCUUUAGCUUUGCUUCAUUGGCCUCCGCAGGGGAAAGCAGUGGAUUCGGUUUUGGAGAAAAAAACGAAGGUUUUAAAUUCGAAGGUUCUGGUGCCAAACUGUUUGGGAAAGCUGAAACCUCUCGUAACGAUGAUGAUGACGACGAAGAGGAUGAAGACGGAGAUGGACAUGAUCCUCACUUCGAACCAAUAGUUCCCUUACCAGAGCUGGUCAGUGUUACAACCGGAGAGGAGGAGGAGGAGGUACUCUUCAAGCAUAGAGCCAAGGUUUACAGAUUCGACACCGAUACUAAGGAGUGGAAGGAACGGGGUGUAGGAGAUAUCAAGAUUCUCAAACAUCCCGUCCGAGGAUCAUUCAGAAUUCUUCUCAGGAGAGAUCAGGUUUAUAAAAUCGCCUGCAACCAUUUGAUCAACAAGGAUAUGGAGUUGAAGCCCCUGGCUAGCAGUGAGACGGCCUGGUGCUGGUUUGCCAUGGAUUAUGGAGAAGGUUGUGAAGAAGGAAGUUUAGAUAAACUGGCGGUCAGGUUUAAAACUAAAGACACCGCUGUAGAGUUUAAAUCUAAGUUUGAGGAAUGUCAGCGUGAAAUAAAGUCUGGCCCUUCGCCUGCAGUUGUAGAGAGUGGCAAGGAUAGAACUGAAACCUCAACAACCGGGACAGAUGAAACCCAGAAAUAUCAGACAGAGGAUGGCGACGAGGAUGAAAGCUACUAUGAUGAAGAAGAUGAUGAGGGAGAUAACACCCCUAUGUUUGAAGCAGAAGCUGAGUUGAUGGUCAGAGAAGAGGGGAAAGGUUGGUCUUCUCCAACCCAAGUAAUUCUCAGAAUAAUGUACGACGAGGACGUGUUCGGAGCCCGGAUAAUUGGUCGUGAUGUUGAGGCAGAGGAUGAUCAACCAGAUCUUUGUGAUCAUGUGAUAGCCAUGCAGAAUAUUCUUGAGGAUGAUCUGAGCUGGACAGCUCUGGAUUAUGCAAGUGAAGAUCCUGUCAGGAAAACCUUCAAAGUUUCCUUUAAUUCCCGGGACAUCAUCAACGAUUUCAAGGAUACAUUCGCACAGGGCAAGGAGUUUGCUGAGCAGUGUGAGAUACUUGAGACCGGGCCUGGAGAGGAGCUGGAUCCGUCCCAGGCUUAUUACGGAGUUGGAGGUGAUUAGAGGAUUAGAAAACUUCGUUAGCUGUGAUCCAACUCUCUCAGCGACUCUCAACCAGAUUUUUAAAUAAACCCGACUCAUUCACCUCAAUCUUCGAAAUCUUAGUGAAAAUUAAUUUUGUAAUGAUAAACUAAAAAUAAUUUAGUUCAUUUUAAACCACUCACUUUUGUCAGUGAUCUUCGAAAUCAAUAAAUAUUUUUCUUUAAAUCUG